AUGCCGUUUGGCUGCGUGACACUGGGAGACAAGAAAGAUUAUAACCAGCCGUCCGAGGUGACCGACAGAUAUGACCUGGGUCAGGUCAUCAAAACGGAGGAAUUCUGUGAAAUCUUCCGGGCCAAGGAGAAGAUGACAGGGAAGCUGUACACCUGCAAGAAGUUUCUGAAGCGGGAUGGGCGGAAAGUGCGGAAGGCAGCCAAAAACGAGAUCAUCAUCCUCAAAAUGGUGAAGCACCCCAACAUCCUGCAGCUGGUGGACGUCUACAUCACCCGCAAGGAGUAUUUCAUCUUCCUGGAGCUAGCCACCGGCCGGGAGGUCUUCGACUGGAUCCUAGACCAGGGUUACUACUCAGAGAGGGAUACCAGCAACGUGAUCCGGCAGGUGCUGGAGGCUGUUGCCUACCUGCACUCCCUCAAGAUCGUCCACAGAAACCUCAAGCUGGAGAACCUGGUGUACUAUAACCGCCUGAAAAACUCCAAGAUCGUCAUCAGCGACUUCCACCUGGCCAAGCUGGAGAAUGGGCUCAUCAAGGAGCCCUGCGGCACCCCCGAGUACCUGG